UUUGAGAUUUUACCAGAGGUCACAUCUUACGAUCGCGUGUUCGAUAUAUUUUUAUUUUGAUAACAGUUUACAGAAAAUGCCAGCACCAUGAAUACAUUUAAUUACAUUUAACCAAUAUAAACCAACAUAUGCAUGCGCCUCUUUGUGAGCAAUACCCGCUGCUGUGACUAUUAAUUUUUUGGACUUCCCCGCGAGCAGUUCGGGUAAUGGAGGCACAAUUGGAUAAUGUGCACAUAGAGGAUUUGCCUUAUCUAGAACGUGAUCUUAACUUGCCACAAAAGGUGUCUCUGGCAUUUCUUUUGUUCGGAGAUCAACACGCCUUAGCCACCUACAUAUUGCAAAGGCUUUUGGCGUUGAUUCGUGCACCUCCAGCAGAUCAGCUGCACAGUGAUCUUUUGCGUCAAUAUGCCCAGACGAAUCCGGCAAAUUGGCGUGGUCAUCUAAUCGAAGCGCUCUGCAUUAUUGACGCUCGCCAAGUGCUCCGAAAAUUGGGCUUUAGCUGGGAGGAACUGCGUCUACAUUAUCUACCCCAUGUACUGGAGCUGACGCUGCACGUGCAUCCACUACUAAAGGCCUUGUACACCAUUUGCGAACAGCUAACGAUUGCAGAGAGCGGACGCUUUGUCUUGGAUAUCAAUGAUAAGUUGGCCAGAAGGCGAACGUCUAGCGAACAUGAUGAACCUUUGCGCUUUUAUGACUCUUCAUACUUGGAAAUCUUUCUGCUCGACUUGCUGACGCGUCGUCAUCUGCGAUUGGGUGACAUCAAUGCCAUUGGCAGUGAUGUGGAGCUGCUAAUCGAGUACUUUAAGUUCAAUGGGCGCAAUUCCCUGUCCACUCUGCUUAUCCAGACGGUCAACUGUAGCGCCAGUGUGCCAACUAGAAGCUCUCCAGUGAGCAAAUUCGAUGCUGAUAACUUACAAAGUGGUGCAGAGCCAACUGCUGCAACUCCUGUUGCCCCAGCUACCUCUUGCGCUGCAUCAACUGCUCCUUCGACUUGCAAAAAUCAGCUGCGACACUCUAAUGCUCUACAAGUGCGCCAGAAUAAGGCUGGUAUAUUGCUUAUAAUCAAUCAGCAGAGUUUUCAUCGCAAUGUCAGCGAGGACCUUAAAGAAUUUUUACCCGCUCAGAAGUUAACGCAACGCAAAGGCACCGAUGCGGACAAACAGCGUCUCAUUGAUGUCUUCUCGCCGCUGGGCUACAUUGUGGAGGCGCACGAUAACGUCGACCAUUUGGAUAUGCUCGCACUUAUACGCGGUGCCUGUGCCCGUUCCGUCCUCCGGGAUUCCCUGAUUGUGUGCAUUUUGUCGCAUGGGUUUGAAGGUGCCGUCUAUGGUGCGGAUAGCAUACCACUGAGCAUUGCCGAGAUCAAGAAUGUACUUGGCGGCGAAGAGAGUCUGCACGACAAGCCUAAGAUGCUUUUCAUCCAGGCCUGUCAGCAGAACGAGAAGCAACUGAAAACGCGCAAUGUAAAUGCCACAACAUCUUCGGCGAUCCAGCUGGCAAACAUGGUUGUGGCCAUGUCGACGGUGCCCGGAUUUGUUGCUCUACGGCACAGCGUGCAGGGCAGUUGGUUCAUCCAGACGCUGUGCGACACAGUGCAAAGACAUGCGAAGCGCGAGCACAUCCUGGACAUUCUGACCCUUGCAGCUGGACAGGUGAUCGAGAAACGCGGCGAUGAGGAUCAAAAAAUGGUGCCCAUCAUCACCACUACACUGCAGCAGAACGUUUAUCUUUCUGGUACUUGAUGAACACUCCAAGUGCUCCAAUUGAACUGUA